ACGCUUGGUCAUUUUGGGUAUGUUGACCCAGGAUGGGGACAUGGAGUUGCUCAAGAUGAGAAGAAAAAGAAGAUAAAAUGUAAUUAUUGCUAGAAAAUAGUCAGUGGUUGUAUAAACCGGUUCAAACAGCAUUUAGCUAGAAUUCCUGGGGAAGUUGCAUUUAGCAAUCAUGGAGUGUUGAAGCAUUGCUUCUUUGUUGUUCUUGUUCUUCCUUUCCUUGACAGCUGCAUGGUGGCAACAACAUGGGGAUAAAUUGUCUUGACGUGCAACGAAUUGCCAUUCGGAUAUUGAGCCAGACAUGCACGUCCUUUGGUUGUGAGCACCAUUGGAGUAUAUUUGAUCAAAUUCAUUUUUCAAUGCAUAACCGCUUGGCUUAGAAAAGAUUAAACGAUUUUGCUUAUGUCCAUUACAACUUGCGUAUUAGAGAGCGGCAAUUAAAGAGGAGUACUGAUGACUCCAUAUCUCUUGACAUCGGCAUGCUAGAGAGCUUACUAGAUAAUUGGGUUGUUGAGUCUGAGAAGCCGCCUUUGCAAGAAGAUGAGAUACCAGAGAUUCUUUAUAAUGGGGUGGAACAAGCAGAGGCAUAUGAAAAUGAGGUGAAUGAGAAUGAAGGUUCAGAUAUAGCGUCAGGGAAAGCACAUACAGAAAUUGCAGCAUUAACUGAAAUAGUUGAGCCAUUAGAGGUUCAUCCUGCCACUAUGGGUGCUGCAGCUGAUGAAGAUGAUGCUGAUCUUGAUUUCCUGGAUGAUGAUUUGAGUUAUUGCUGGGGGAAUAUAAGUCACCCCGAAAGCACGUGA